CCAUCCAUGAUUGGUCAAACCAAAGCAUCACGAAACCAACCAAAUUUAUAACCCAAUAAUACACACACCAACACCAUCAUCAUACAAAUACAAAUUUCAAUUCAAUUCCCCUUUUGUUGUUCUCUUCUCCUUUCCUCUCAACUCCGUUGGUGCCAGCCAGCCAUUCCAAUCCCACGUGGGGCACCGAUUUCCGACGCCGACAACUCACCGUCUUCCGCCGCUAUGAAUCCCGAGUAUGAUUAUCUGUUCAAGCUCCUUCUUAUUGGAGACUCUGGUGUUGGAAAAUCAUGCCUUCUUCUGAGAUUUGCUGAUGAUUCUUACAUUGAAAGCUACAUAAGCACCAUCGGAGUUGAUUUUAAAAUUCGCACUGUUGAGCAGGAUGCAAAGACCAUUAAACUACAGAUUUGGGAUACUGCUGGGCAAGAGCGUUUUAGGACAAUAACCAGUAGCUACUAUCGUGGGGCUCAUGGAAUCAUUAUUGUUUAUGACGUAACAGAUGAAGAGAGCUUCAAUAAUGUAAAGCAAUGGCUCAGUGAAAUUGACCGCUAUGCCAGUGAUAAUGUUAACAAACUUUUGGUUGGGAAUAAGUGUGAUCUGACAGCAAAUAGAGCGGUCUCAUAUGAUACAGCUAAAGAGUUUGCAGAUCAAAUUGGCAUACCUUUUAUGGAAACUAGUGCAAAAGAUGCUACAAAUGUAGAACAGGCAUUCAUGGCCAUGUCUGCCUCCAUCAAGAAUAGAAUGGCGAGCCAACCAAGCGCAAAUAAUGGAAGGCCUCCAACAGUGCAAAUCAGAGGACAGCCAGUUGGGCAAAAAAGUGGGUGCUGCUCUUCCUAAACCAGAUGAUAUUCAGAUCCAUUUCACUUGGUCUGCUGCUUGCUCUUUUGCAUAUGAGACUUGCUAUGUCACUAAAUAGUGGAACAAUGUCACAUAAUUCAUCCUGUGGUUUGGGAAUUAGCCUAGAUGAUUCCAUUCUUUACACAAACUUGAAUGGUAUGCUUGCGCUUGUGCUACUUGUUAAUGAUAAAUCUAUAUUUCUUCUCA